CUUUUACUUUCAUUCACAAAACUUUCAACUCAGGCAGCACCGCUCGCACCGCUCACCACAGCUUCCCGAAACUACUUUUCCUCUAACUUUAUUUGUUUAUUUUUUUUACAAACAACGGCGGAAAGUUACCUUUUUUUAAAAAAAAGAAAAAAAAGCUUGGUGUCCCGGUAGAAGUCUCAUCACCAAGCGGACGGAGCGUGUCUAUAUUUGGGGGGGUGUGACAGCCCUUCUCCGUACAGCUGUGCCGGGCUUGUUUAUUGAGUUGAACAGGUUGAAAACACACGGCCGGGUCGUGUUCUUCACUGGAAUAUUAUUAUUUUCUUCUGCUGCUUUAAUUUGAGCCGAACUCGAUGCCGUUGUCAUGAUUCAUCCGUCAAAUAUUGAAACUCUGGGAUCUAAGCUUGUGUAUGACAUGAAUGACAAACAGGACAGGCCUUAUGUGUGCGGCGCCCCAGGCUGCUCUCAGCGCUUCCAGUUAGAGGAGCACCUGAUCAUCCACAGACACAAGCAUGAGAUGACCCUCAAGUUCUCCUCCAUAAAGACGGACCCAGCUUUUACAGACCAGACUCCAACGCCGACGAGAUUUUUGCAGAACUGUGAAGAGGUUGGUCUGUUCAAGGAGAUAGAGGAAGAGUUUCUUCAAGCACAAGAAGAGGAACAGAACAAGCAGACGCUCUCUCAGAAUGGGCCGUCCUGUAUGAACCAGCACCCGCUCAAACCCCAGCUUCAGCUCCAGCACCCGCCGCCCCAGCCUCAGCACCCACAUCCCCAGCCUCCGCUGCACCAUCCUCAGACCCAUGCCCUGCACCACCCCCAGGCCCACGGCCCCAUGAUGGCCCCCAGCUGCAGCCUGGCUGCCCAGCAAGCUCUGUCCUCCUCUGAGUCCGGAUCAGUCAUCACACAGGCUCCUUCCACCUUAACACACUCAGGGCCGGUUCCUGGGCCGCUGUCUUGCCUCCACCACAUGAACAGGAACAGACACAGACAACCUCUGCCAGCCUCCUUACCUGGCACCCUGCCAGACCCCGCCAUGCAAGGGGCAUCUGCUCAGCACAUGACGGUGGAGAAGCAGAUGUCUUGUGUAAUGGGUAUACCAGCUCCUGUACACAACCCCUCCUGUUCCUCACCUCAGAGAAACAAACAGACGAUGGGUCACCAUUACCAGCAGCACCACCCGGGAAUGGCCGCCAUCAACAACCCCGCCACAUCCAUGGGUCACAUGAUGGAGAUGAUGUCGCAGCGCCACCAGGCGCCCCCCCUUCAGCAGCAGCAGCAGCACCAGCACCCUCACCAGCAUCACCAUCAUCCUCAUCACCCGCAGCUUCCGGCGCCGCCCCUCACCUACCAACAGCGAUGUCACGCUCCCCCUCCGCAGCACCUGGGCGGCGCCCGCGGCCACCAGCUUCACCAGGCGGGGAACGUGCCGCACGCUCAGGCUCACCAGUCGCCGCCUUCACACUUGCACCAGGGCUCGCCGCCCGCGCCCGCCCUCUCCGGCCCUCCGCAGUUGUCGCCAGUUGCACAGCAGAUGCAGGCCUCCCACUCUCAGCACGCAUCACUACAGGGUGGCAGUAGCUGCAGCAGCAGCAGUGGAGGAGGGGAGGGCGGAGGCGGCGGAAGCGGCGGCCGCCGCAGACGGACGGCGGAGCAGGACCCGGACGAGCGGAGGCAGAAGUUCCUCGAGCGCAACCGGGCCGCGGCCACCCGCUGCCGACAGAAGAGGAAGCUGUGGGUGUCGUCGCUGGAGAAGAAAGCCGAGGAGCUGACGCACACGAACCUGCAGCUACAGAACGAGGUGACGUCGCUGAGGUCGGAGGUGGGUCAGCUGAAGCAGAUUCUGCUCACCCACAAGGACUGUCCCGUCACUGCUCGGCAGAGAGAGGCACAGGGGUACCCCACUGCAGGCGUGAGCCCAGGAGGAAGUCCCACUCCUGUAGUCCCUGGGUCUCAUCUGCAAGCCAUCCAACACAACAGCGUCUCCACCUCCUCGGCAGCUGGAGGCGACACAGGGCACGACCCCCAGCCCGGACGCUAGCCCUCGCCGUAUAAACGAAACGCUGCGUAGGCCGAUGUGAUGUGAGGGAUUUGUUCAAGGUUGUUGUCAGAUGUUCUGGUUUGGGGAGGGGCCAGAAGCUCGUACUCAGAGAUAACCUGCAGUUUCGUUUUCUAUAACAGGUGCAAAAAUGACCCUUUCUUGGAGCCUUGUUAAAAAAACUGUGAUGGUUACUUGGCAACUGGAUCCUGUGUUUAUUCAGAAAACGUCUGUUUCUGUGUACAUCAGUCUAACCAUUGCCUGGUGCCCACUGGCCAUGCCCAGAUGCAGUCAUAACACACCUUGCUCUCAUUGUUUGCUCUUAUACUUUGCACUAAUUUUAAAAAAAAAAACAAAGCCUAUGUAGUGGUAUAUAUUUCUAACAGAGCGGCAGCUAGUGCGCGCCGCAUUGCCUUUUCUCUGCAGCAGAGGCAGCUUGUCAUAAAUAAUACAACUGUGUUUGUUCGUUUUUGUUUAUGACAGAAAUGCAUUAUUUUGACAUUUCAGAUUUCCUAGUGUUGUAAAUAAUAAGUCGGUCAGGCCCGCGGCCGGGUUUGGAAAGCCAUUUAAAAACAUUGAUUGUACAGUAUGACACGGCACUUUUGUAAUAGCUACAACUGCCCUGAGUAAUUAAGGAACCGUAAGCUGCACCUCGUGUGUCAGUUUAAUUUACACUUAGACGACACUUUUUGUACUGUAAAGAUGUUGACAAUCGCUGUAAAUCUAAUGCAAAAAAAAUAAAUAAAAACACUUAUUCUGGUA